CAUCAGGGCACACUGUGGCAUCAGUGGUGUAAGAUGAAUAAAGAGCUAAAUCGACCUCAAGGGGAUGACCCAGAAAUGGAAAUUAGUAAUAAAAAAGUUGAGAUGAGGAAAAUCCGUGAAGAGCAGCAUAAAGCUCCAAUCAGUGAGUUUAUAAAUUUAUUCAUGAAACAAAUAAACUCACAUGCUACAAAUAAGUCAAUGUUUUUCCUCAAGUGGCUCAGAAUUCUCCUGGAUGAAUAUACCUCAGCUGAUCUUUCUGAUCUACUCCACGAGUAUAACAGAACAUGGACAGAAGUCUCAAAACUAAGUAAGAGCAGUAGCAGUAAUAAAUCUGUGGAACUGUUGCCAAAACAAACAGAACUUUUGGAUUUAUCAAAGAAACCUUCAAGAUGCAACCUUUGGUUUGGAGCACAUCAUGAGGGAGAUCGGUCAGAUCUAUGAAUCAUGUUCAUCUGUGAAGGAGAACAAGAAAGAUCUGCAGUUUGAUUUCUCUUCUCUCCCGAGUCUCGCAGCAGAGAUGAUGAUCUCUGUAUUUCCACUGGAGCUGAUGGAUGGAGAUGCGGCUCAUGUUCCUCUGGUGUGGAUCUCUGCUGUUAUAAAUGAACUCAUCCACAAACUGGGAGACCAGAGAGUCUUUGUGCUGUCAGUCUUAGGGCUUCAGAGCUCUGGGAAAUCCACCAUGCUGAACGCCAUGUUUGGACUCCAGUUUGCGGUCAGUGCUGGCAGGUGCACCAGAGGAGCCUUCAUGCAGCUGGUCAAAGUGUCAGACGAGAUGAAAACACAGAUGAACAUUGACUAUAUUUUGGUCAUUGAUACUGAAGGUCUUCGUUUUCUAGAACUGGCAGGAGGUUCAACCAGACAUCAUGACAAUGAAUUGGCCACAUUUGUUGUUGGUCUUGGAAAUCUGACAUUAGUCAACAUCUUUGGAGAAAACCCAUCUGAGAUGCAGGACAUUCUCCAGAUUGUGGUUCAGGCCUUCAUGAGGAUGAAGGAGGUCAGACUGACUCCCAGCUGUGUGUUUGUGCAUCAGAACGUUUCAGACAUCACAGCUGGAGAGAAAAACAUGGAGGGAAGGAGACGACUGCAGGAGAAACUAGAUAAGAUGACAAGACUCGCUGCUGAAGAUGAAGUCUGUGAUGCAGAACGAUUUAGUGAUGUCAUUGCAUUCGAUGUACAGAAAGAUGUGAUGUAUUUUGCUCAGCUCUGGGAAGGCAGCCCACCAAUGGCACCACCAAACCCUUCAUAUUGUGAAAAUGUUCACAACCUUAAGAAAACUAUUCUUUCUCAUGCCUCAAACUCAAAUGGCAUGAUGCUGACAGACAUAAAAAGUCACAUUAUAAAUCUCUGGGAGGCUUUGCUGAAGGAACGCUUUGUGUUCAGCUUCAAAAAUGCCCUGGAGAUCGCCGCUUAUAGGAAACUGGAGACAGAAUACAGUAAGUGGACCUGGAGUCUUAGAAAGGCCAUGCUAGAAAUUGAAAACAAACUACAGAACCAAAUAGAAAAUGGAGCAAUCAAUGAUGAGGUUAAGGAAACACAUCUUCAAGAUAAACUAAAUGUAAAAAGUGCAGAAGUGAAAAAAUCUAUGACAGAAUUCUUUGAGAAAGACACCAAUGCCAGUAUACUGAUUCAGUGGAAAAAAUCUUUUGAAAUAAAAGUCUCACACAUACAGGAAAACAUUGUUAGGGAAACACAGAGGAAACUGAAUGAGGUGCUUCAGCAGAGAGUACUGAAGAAAAAGAUUGAUGCUCAGAGGACACAAAAUGAAAACGCUCUCAUUGAGAAGGCCAAAAAUCUUGCCUUAACUCUCAAAGACAAAGCAAAUGAUGAUAAAAUCCUGAAAAGAGAGUUUGAUUCAUUUUGGAAUUGUUGUGUAAGUGAGAUUACCAAAGACGCACCUCAAGUCCAAGACAUUGACAUUUUAAAAGACAUGAAGGAGGUCCUUAGUGACAAUGAAAAUUUUUCAGACCUCAAGACAAAAAGCAAAAAGUGCAAUAUUUUAAAAGUGUCAAGCUAUUCAGAGUACAUACAGCUUAAUAAAGUUAAAAAACUAUUAAAAUUGUUUGGUUAUUCUAAAGAGUAUGAUGCCCAAAUCAACAAACUAAUUACAGACAUUGUUGAGCAAGUAAAUAAAAUGAUCAUGUCAUACAACAUUGCAAAGAUGGGCUACAAUAAAACUUACAUUCAAGAACUCACUGGUUUCAUCAGAGCAAAGUUAGUAGAACACGAGGAAAAAGAAACUACGAAAUAUACGUUCAAGAAACACUUCUUUAGUGAUUUGGUAUUUGCCAUAUUCAAUAAAGAACAAAUGACUUUCGUGAAACAACACAACAUUUUCAGGGAAGGCAAUGAUCCUGUUCACUAUUUUGCAAGAAAGAGAGAAGAAUAUUACAGAAUUUUCCAGAAAUACUGUCGGGGGCAACCUCAGCUACCAUUAUAGGAGAGAUCAUCUGUAACAAACUCAAAGAACCCAUUCAGCAGAGCGUCUACAAAAAAACUGCCCGGGAUUUGGCAGAUGACAUGAGAUCAAACUGUGAAUCACUGAAUGGAAACAGAUCUAAUCUGGAGAAACACAUCCUGAAGACACUGGCAGAAAAGGAGAAUUUUGAGGCAUUCAUAACCUACAUUCAUAAUCCCAAAGAACACUUCAAGAGUUUCAUCAGAGAUGAAGUCAGUCGUUACAUAAAUGAUAACUUCAACAUCAGUGUUCUGCCCAAGAUGAAAGAUGAUUUAAGACAGAAAGAGAAGCAGAUCAUAGAAGCAGUGCAGACAGCAUCUGAAGAGGUCGAUGAAAACAGUGGAGAUGCUGAUCUGUGAGCUGUCAUACUGGAAGUGGUUUGUCUGCAGAUUCCAGGAAGAGCUGGAAGAGUACUACGAGAUGAAAUUUCAGGAUCAAGGUGAGAUCCCAGGUGAAUGGAGAAACCACACAAAACAGGAUGCUAUUGAGAGUUUGGAAAAGUACUUCUGAACAAGCAUAAUGAAUAAUGAGUGAAGAAAAUGAAUUAUUAUUUUUAUUCUUUGAGUUAAGUCUUAAUGAAUACUAUUUUAGUUUAAGAACACCUCUGAAGAUAAUGCUAAACUGUUAGGGUUAGGCUAUAAAAGUUAUAAAGCUUUUUAAAAAAGUUUGAACUAAUCUUACUAAUCAUAAAUGCAACUAAUCACUUCUUUAUAAUAUGGAGAUCUGAAUUUUUGCUUUUGAUAACAAUUGAAAUUGUUAUUUGAUCUUUGUUGGUCUCAUUGUCAUUAAUAAUUACUAAUUAGCAACAAUGAUCAGCUCCUAAAUAUACACAAAAUACUUAUGUUUGACAAAAUGUGUUAAAAACUGAAAUGCAUGAAAUGCAUCUAUGUUAAAUUCUGAUAUUAAUCACAUGCAGUACAAGUCUGAAAGAGUAUUGAUUAUUUUGUCACUUUCACUGAUAUUAACGGAUUUUGUCUUAUAUCAUCUAUGAUAUAAAAGAAAACAACACUGUCUUGAUUGUCUUAAAAUGAUGUGAAUUCUGAAUAAAGAUCGGAUUCAAAGUGCA